GCUUUGGCUCGCAUAUAAAACCUCGCAGCCGCAGGUUGUCCAGUCACUUCUAGCGUAGAAGCAAAAUGUUACGAUUCAGAAAGAUGCUGGUUCUGCUGUUUAUGCUAACAUCAACCAAGUUGGUGGUCGCGGUGGAAACUACUAGUUCAGGUGCUGAGUUACAAGCGGACACUAAGAAAAUUGCUGCAAACAAAUUCCAAAAUGUUCUUUUAGACGUCUCUCAGCGACUUGCUAAUAUGCAAGUUAAUCGAGUCUUUGAAGAUCCCACUGCAACACCAGGGCAGUUCCCAUGGAUGGCUUUCAUCAUGGCUGAAUAUGGUCAGGUUUUUAGCGGAUCCUUAAUAUCGGAUCAGUGGAUUCUCACUUCUGCAUACUACUGCUCAGGGUAUAACCUGAGCUCUGUAAUCUUGGGUGUCGUCGACUAUACCUUCAUUGAGCAAUAUCCAACGAUAAUAGACAAUAUCAAUUACACUUGCUACGUGCACAAGCUUUACGACCCAUAUAAUGUGACAAAUGAACACAACAUAGCUCUGAUCAACUUACUACAACCUGUCUCUUUUACAGUCAACAUUAUGCCCAUAAAACUUCCUUCUGCAAAUGAUGCCACGAAGGAUUUUACCAAUGUUUCGAUGACAGUUAGUGGAUAUAUUCUAGUGAACUAUUGUUAUGGUUAUGAGAAAUACCAAUCUUCAGUAACCUACUCUCUGAAGUACGAAGAAUUGCAGGGGAUUAGCUACACGGAGUGCGCUGCAAACCUCAGUGCAGUAUAUGAGAUUACUUUGCCUGAAUCCGCAAUCUGUACAGGCAACACCAGCCUUGGAUCCUGUGGGGGUGCUCAAGGCGCUCCUUUAUUCUACAAGAACCAAGAUGGAUCUUGGGUUAUAGCGGGCAUUUCCACUAGUUCCUAUUACUAUUGCUAUUAUGAAGGCACUCCGACAGUAUUUACCCGUGUUAGCUCUAAUCUUGAUUGGAUAUCUGCGAUAACUGGAAUGGGAGGAUCAACUAGCACACCAAAAGCAACCACUGGAAUGCCCUCAACUACCACAAGUACUACUAAACCAACCACAACCACUAAACCUUCAACCACGACGACCACUAAACCUUCAACCACGACGACAACUAAACCUUCAACCACGACGACCGCUAAACCUUCAACUACGACGACAUUUAAACCGUCAAGUACUACGACCACCACAAAGACGACUACUAAGACCACAACUAAGACCACCACUAUGACGACCACCAAGACCACAACCAAGACUAGCACUAAGACCACCACUAAAACCACCCCAAAAACCUCAACCACUACCAAAUCUAGCAGCACCACUAAAAAAGCUUCUGGCUAAAUUUUACUUUGAUAUUUCGUGCUUUUUGACAUCUGAUUGGUUGUUUGCAAUACGUUUUAAAUAUUGGCAAAAUGUCCACUUUGGCAAAAAAGAUUUACUUUAUUACAUAUUUAUUAGUAGCAUCAGUUUUGAAACAAUUCGAAUGACAUAAAUGACUGCAUACGUCUUUUCAAAAUAAUGUUUUAAAUAGCUUUUGUUUGGAUUGAAUAAAAAUUUGGAAAAAAAACUUAAGAA